UUGUAGGUAAGAGUUGUGAUAAUUCAAUUUUUGAAUCUGUUGUUUCAUCACCUAUGGAUGAGAGUUAUUCUCCUUGUUUAGGUCAUUCUUUAUUUGACUCUAGUGAUGCAGUUGUUGAUGAGAACUCAUUCAUGUCUAAUGUGCACUAUGCUAGUAAUCUUUUAGUUGUAGCAAUGGAAGGGGAUAUGACUAAUCUCAUUAGUCAAGGUUUUAAAUUGUGUGAUAACCCAUUGUGGGAUGAUAAUAAAGAUGAGUUUGCAGUUUAUUUUUGUCCACUUUGGGAUACCAAUGAAGGAAGAAAAGAUGGUGAAAUUCCCAAUGAAGAUAAUGAGACACAUGAAGCUUUUGGUGUCUUAGAUAUUAAGGAAGUUGAGCUAAAUGCAGGAUAUAGUCACUCAAGUGUGGAAAAGGAUAAGUGCUCACACAUUGCUAAUUUCACAAUAUCUUUAUCUUGUUUCGUCGAUCCUUUUUUGCAGGUUUAUUCCAAGCCACUUCUUGAGGAAAUUACUUUUGGUCCAUAUCUUGAUUAUGGUAUAUCUAAUGGAAAAUAUCAAGAUUCAAGGACGAGAAUAAUCUUUAAGAGAGGAAGAAUGAUAGCAACCAUGAAGGCGCAAAUGCAUUAAAUAGAAAAUAAGGUCACCACCAAGAUUCGAGACGAAUCUUCUUUAAGAGGGGGAGAAUGAUAGCAUCCAUGGUAGCUCAGAAUUAUUGAAGGACGUGGAUGAAGAUAUGGAAGUUCCAAGAAGACCCAUGACAAGAUCUCAAACGAGGAAAUUGCAAGACAAGCUUAAUGGGCUGCAAUCAACAAUUCAAAAGUGUCUUGUGAUGGAAGAAGAGCUCCAGCCCAAUUCAAAUUUUUUCCUCAAGUCUUACACUUAUUUGGAGGCCCAAAUUAAAGUCCAAAGUGAGAUGAAAUGAGGCCCAAAUCAGCCCCAAAAGAAGAAGUUUCCAGCAGCCCAAAUUGGCCCAAAUUAGUUUCUAGAAUAAAUAAUUAAUUGUUGUUUUAAUCUAUGUUGACUUGCAUUGGUCCAAGUGUGGGUAGUCUUCUAGGUUGUUUUAAUCUAUGUUGACUACAUUGGUCCUAGUGUGGGAAGUCUUCUAUGUUUCUAGGGAAGAUAAUUCCCAUUUAUUUCUAUUUGGACUAGUUCCUUCCUUUACAACUAUAUAUAGGGGUGAUUGUCAUCCAUUGUAAAUCAGAUUUUGAAGAAUAUAUUAUAUUGAGAGUUCUUUUGAACCUUUGUGGCAUUACUUUAGGAUUUAUCUUUCAACCUAACUAGUUCCUAGUUCAAGGUAGUAAGAUAAUUUCUUCCUUGAUAUCUUUGAUUUCUUUUUGGUAUUCUUUCGAAGGCGGUUAGUUCUAAAUACUAAUUGUUGUCUUAAGUUACUCACA